CGUGACGUCACAUCAUGCAUGGUGGACGUCGUUUGGUGUUGAUUUGUUAAGCAUUUGUUGCUUUGCAAGAAUAAUUUUUAAUAAAAAAGAUUGUUUAUAUGGAUAUGGCUGCCCAUGGUGGACUAUCCCCUAUCGUUCGGUUGUACAUCUACGGUAUACAUGGUUACGUCACGGAAGUGAUGUUCACAGCCGCUUGGGAGUUUGUGGUGAACACCAACUGGAAGUUUCCAGGAUGCACCAGCGUAUGGUCGCUGUUCAUCUACGCCCUGUGCGGUUUCGUCAUCGAGCAGAUGUAUCUCAGAUUGGAAGGAAAGAUGCACAUUUUACUCCGCGGUAUUGUUUAUCUGGUGUGGACAUACAUCUGGGAAUUCACUACUGGUUACGUCUUGCGUUACUUCAAUGCGUGCCCGUGGGACUAUACCCCUUUCGACUUCGAUCUCGUAGGACUGAUCACACUCGAAUACGCUCCACUCUGGUACGCUGCAACUCUGGUACAGGAACAGCUUCUGACAAAGAACAUUCUGCUUUUACAGUGGGGUACAACAUCGAGAAGCAGGGACUCGUGUCGUGGUUGUAAUUCUUUCAAGAUGUCUAAUGGUAUUCGUCGUUUGAAGCGUUUAGAUUGAACCCAGAGGGGAACACAUCAUAAACACACACCUAAACUCAAACACAAAACACAAACAAACAUCCACGAAAAAAAAAAUAAAUUUAAAAAGUACAAUUUCAAUUUUUCUUUCUGUCAUUUUUCUAGAAGGGAUGUAAUCUGUGAAUUCUAGUAUUUAAAAUUUCGGGGGGAAACAAGAAACCAAAUACUCUUUCGGACAAAUUAGUCGUGUGAUAGGAUUUAGUACAAUCCCCCACUUUAGAUGAACAAAAUAUUCUUUCCAUAAACAAUGUUGUUGUUGUUUAAUACCUAUUUAAAAAAAAAGGGAUGAGCACUUACGGGUAUGAAAGUAUCCCCCAGAUUUUUGCAUUGUCGAAACGUAACAAUAGGGCAAAUUCCGUAGUGUCGUAGGUUGUGGAAACUACCGGAAUUUCUUUACACGAGAGACAAGAUACUGCCAUGCAUCAGUUGAUUCCGUCUUUAUUCCUGGAAGUUCUCUGGUACCGAUUUUAAUGCACUCGAGUUGAAGUGGUACCUACAUUAAAAAAAAAAAAGGACUUCCAUAAUUUUCUCGUUCGAAAAAAAACCUCCAAAAAUAAGAAAAUGACGACUUCCAGGUGCUUGCCGGUGGCCAAAACAGAAUAUUCGAAGCAUGGUUUAAUUAAAACUGACCAAAAAUUAUACAUUUUUUAUUGGAUGUUUUUUUCUUGUUUUUGUAAUUUGUUCGGGCAAAUUGUCAGGGUUUUAUGUAUACAUACACACAUAUAUAUAUAUUGUUAUUUGUUGGUUUAUGUUUCUUUGUUAAUUUAUAAAUCGAUUUAUGACGUAAAGGGUUGAAAAAUUCGAUAAAAAUGACUUAUUUAUUAUAUUAUAAAGCUUGUAAAGUGUCUCAUUCCUUCUAUAAUAUAUAUACAAAUAUAUAAUAUAUAUAUAUAUAUAUAUAAGCUUUUUCCAAGUCUUUCAAAUAUUUUUUAAGAUGUUGUUGACUAUUCUUCUCCAUUCUAUCGAUGUUUGAGGAAUUUUAAGCUCGAACUUUACAAAGAAUUUUGCGUUUUUUCAGGCUAGAUUUUUAUUUAUUGGUUUUAAUAAUUAGUUAAAUUGCUCUUUCUCUCUCUCUCUCUCACUCUCUCCAUUUUUUAUUUAAAAAAAUAUACACAGAAAAAUGAAAGAAAAAAAUUCAAACUUGGACUUGAGUAAAAUUUCAAAUGUAUGAUAAAUCGUUUCUAUAAAUAAGAAUAAGAUCAAUACGGAUCAAAUUUGAUAGUUUAUCAACUGAAUUUCUUUAAGAAAUGUAUUCUACUUUAAAUAUCAAGAGGUGACGUUUUCAACAUGUUUAAAAAAUUCGAAAGAAAAUAAUUAAAAAAAAAAAAACUAAAUAAAUUGUAAAGAUUUGACAAGAUUUAGAAACAUUAAAAAUCUUUUAAAACUUAAUCGAGGUUUGUUGAGGAUUUUGAACUAUUUUUAUUCUUCAGUUUUUCUUUUAUUUUCCUUAAAGGAAGGAUAUAUUUUAAGUGUGUUAAUGCGGCAAAAAGCUGGCAAAAUUUAAUACAUUCGGACUUCUGAAUCAAUGCAACUGAAUGGAACGUAAGAACUGGCCGUUGUUUAGAGGUUAUUUUGUAUAUAUUUCUUUUUCUUUAACGAAAACUUAUUUAAUUUAGCAAUAUUUCAAGAGAAUAAUUCACCAGAAACAACGUGAAAAAAUUCAAUAUUUUUUCCUACACGAAAUUCUGAUAUUUUAUAUAAGAAAAUAUUAAAUUUUACACGUUAAUUUACAAAGAAAAAGUCGAUUUUUUCGCACAUUACUCAGUUAAAAUGCUUCCUAAAUAUAUUUACAAGUAAAAAAAAACAAUAAUUAAGAAUAUUUAAAGUGUAUAACCUGCACCAAAACCUGGAAUUUUUCUGUAAAUAAAAAGUGCAGAAUUUAAUAUUUACACACACAACUCGAAGGCAAUGAUUAGCAUUCUAUACAUUAAAAAAAAAUUAAAAAAAAAAAAAAAUAUAUAUAUAUUUU